UUUCUUUCUUUUCGAUCACACACAGCUUUAUCUCGGACUCAGUUCCUAUCUCUUGUUUUAAAAUAAAAUCUAGUAGAACAUUGGCAUUUGUGAAGAUUAUUUUCCCCUAAUUGUGGAGAGAAUUGCCCCCUGUUGCUACCAAGCAAGCAUAGCUAUGACUCUCCUUGUUAAUUCUCCUCUGCUGCCACUGCCAUCUACUCGGUGGUUGAAAUCGAAGCAAGAAUUUAGGUUAUUUUCACAUGGGCCAACCAUAAUUGGAGGAGGAAUGAGCAGAAGCAUCUUUGGCACUGGGAAAAGGAAUGGAAAUAGGAAUGGGGUUAAAGCCUUUUUCUUUAAUCCUGAACAAGACCCCAUCGUCAAAGAAGCUCUCAAGGAACCAGUGGCAUUCUUGGGUGGAAUGUUUGCGGGUAUUUUGAGACUUGAUUUGAAUGAGGAGCCCCUCAAGGAAUGGGUUACUAGGACUGUGGAAGCUGCAGGUAUUAGUGAAGAAGAAGCCAAUACAGAAGAGUCAACAACUGAGGAAGCUCCACAAGAGAUCCAGAUUGAAUAACAAUUGCAAUUGUUUCUUCGGUAUACAAGUUUUGAGAAACUGGCAUAGGAUUAUUAUGUCGACAGAACAAUAAAAAUUGAUUCAAGUGGUUAUGAGUUAUAAUCUUUCGAUUGCAUAUGUGAAAUGGAGAACAUCUCUGUUCCUGUCUCUUCCCUUAAAGAUGGUAAAUUUAGGUGUUCGGAUUGGUUUAACAACUUGCUUGAUUUGGUAUCAUCAAGUCUCUGUCUAUUGUUAUGCCAACUAAAUUUUAUCCUCAAGCAUUUUUUGUUUUACAAAUCAAAGACAAAUGGUGCUUACCGUUAUUGCUAUUCUGGCGCCAUUUAUUUUAACCUGCUAUGUAAUUGUAAAUUAAGUUGUUUAGUCAUGUAGUUUGGUCUCGGAAAGAGUUCUGCUGAAGGUGUAUGUUAUAUUAUUCAGAAUUUUGUGCA